AUGUCACAUAUCUCAGAAAUACAAGAUCAACACUUUGUAGACCGCAUUAAUCAAAUUUACUCUAAAGAGAUUGAUAUAAAUCAAUUUAUAAAGCAUACUUAUAAUUUAUUAAAUGAUUUAAUCUAUCACUACAAAAUAGAAGACUUCUCUUUACAUUCUGUUAAUGUAUUAGGCAAAUUUAUAUCAUACAUUUUAACAACCUACCGUGGAUUAGAUGAUUUAAACAAAAAAUGCAUUGAAACAUUGAAACAAUUAUUUUCAAAUCGCUUAUUUUCAAUUAAAUUAAAGAAUAGAUUAAUGUACAGGCUAGAAUUGAAUAUAGCCUCAAAUUUAUUGUAUAAACAGUCAAGAAUUGAUCAAUACACCUGGGAAUGUAUUUGUAUUUAUGUCAUUCAUUGUAAAAAUAUUUUCCCGCCAAUACGUAUUUUAAUAUUUUUUGGUAUAUGUACAAUUUCAAAUCCAGCGGAACACACUCGUUGUUUAAAUAAACUAAAUCAUCUGAUUAAAACAAUGCCAAUGUAUGGAGUAGAUUUUUUUGAAAUUGUUAUGACAAUUAAAUUACUUAUAGAUAAAUCAAACAGCUUACAUUCUAAGAUUAAAUUAUUUUGUUUAAAAAUUAUGAAAUUAAUAAAAUUGAAUAUGAAUAAGUUAGACUAUGAAAAUGCUUUAAGAUGUAUAAAACCAGGAAUGUUUUAUUCAUUGGACAUUGAAAACACUACAAAUGACCUUAAUACCACUCCUACUACAGAUAAUACAUUACAUGAAUCGAUAAUAUUACCUGAGUCAUUGAAUGAGUCAUCAGUGUAUAGUGUAGAUUCAUUACAUGACUAUUUACCUACUACUCAUCUAGCAUCAGAAUCAAUACAAAUUAUUCCGAACUAUAUUUGUUCAAUGUUACAUGAAAGAUAUAAUAUUCCAGUUCAAUUGGAUGGAAUAAAAGCUUUAAAAGAAUAUGUAAAGAAAAGAUUUUGUUGUGGAAAUGCUUAUGAAGUAUUUGAAAAUGAAAAGCAUUACAUUCAAGGUGUUCAAUGCUUACUAAUAAGUAUAUUUCAUUUGAUGAAUAAUCAAAUAGCCUUUAUGAUUGUUCAUUUUGCUGAUAUAAUAUUGGUGAGUAUUUUGGGCAAUAAUUAA